CCGAGGACAGGCGCAUAGCACAGAGCACGGGGCAGGACAGAUGAGGACGGGGACCGCACCGCACACACCACCGAGCAAAAGUACCGUGCAGCGCUGCCCGCAACUGCGCGCGUAGUCGUACAACAGCAAACGCGGAUUUCUUUAAAUCCAGAAACAUCAUCGUCAACGCCGAAGGAGCGGAUCUGGGAAAAUUAAACUUCACCAGCCUACGCAGGGAGAUUGUUCACGGUUACGACGCCGAACUGUCAGGAUGCGCAUCCCUUUCCUCGUGCUGCUCGGGCUGCUGUAUGUCGGACGCGCACAGAAGUUUUCCGCACUCACGUUUCUCCGGGUCGAUCAGGAUAAGGAGUGUAACAUGGACUGCUCUGGAGUGCCACGGAAGCCACACUGUGCAUCCGACGGACGAACGUUUGGCUCCCGGUGCGAGUUCCAGCGUGCCAAGUGCCGCGACCCCCAGCUGGAGGUCAUCCGAGGGCCUUGCAAAGACGCGUCCAGGUGUGUGGCAGAGAAGAAGUACACCGAGCAGCAGGCUAAGAAGCUCUACCCCCAGGUCUUCGUCCCCGUCUGCAAUCCAGACGGCACCUACAGCGAGGUGCAGUGCCACAGCUACACCGGCUACUGUUGGUGUGUGACUCCGAAUGGCCGGCCGAUCAGCGGAUCAGCAGUAGCCAAUAAGAAGCCUCGUUGCCAGGGCUCGAGGCAUGAGAAGGUCAGCCCCAAAGAACCGGGGAAAGCAGUUUCCUUGCAAAUCUUCUCCAUUCUAAACGCAGAUGAGUCUGCCGGCCUCGUCAUGGAGCCGCAGCCCCCGACUGAUGAAGAAGACAUCAUCUUACAGUACCCCACGCUGUGGACGGAACAGGUGCGGAGCAGGCAGAACAACAGGACCAGGAUGCAGGCCUCCUCUUGUGAUCAGGAGCAGGUGACAGCUCAGGAGGAGGCACGCCAACAUAAGAACGAGGCUGUGUUCGUGCCUGACUGUGCGCAGGGUGGUCUUUACAAGCCCAUCCAGUGCCACCCUUCCACAGGCUACUGCUGGUGUGUUCUGGUGGACACCGGACGGCCGAUACCUGGCACCUCCACUAGAUAUGAACAGCCCAAAUGUGAUGGCAAUGCACGAGCCCACCCAAACAAACCCAAAGACCAUUACAGGAGCAGACACCUGCAGGGAUGCCCGGGAGAAAAAAAGCAUGGGUUCCUCACCAGUGUUCUGGAUGCGCUGUCCACAGACAUGGUGCUUGCGGUGACGGACCCAGCCGCCACUGGCAGGAUGCCAGAGCCUGAUCCGAACCACACUCUGGAAGAGCGAGUCGUGCACUGGUACUUCCGCCAGCUGGACAAGAACUCCAGCGGUGACAUCGGCAAGAAGGAGAUCAAGCCGUUUAAGCGUCUGCUGCGGAAGAAGUCCAAACCAAAGAAGUGCGUGAAGAAGUUUGUGGAGUACUGCGACAUCAGCAACGACAAGGCGCUCUCACUGCAGGAGCUGAUUGGCUGCCUCGGGGUCACCAAGGAGGAUGCAGACACCAAAGCAGGAGGCGCAGGCUCCAGUAAACUGAAUAUGUCAAAGAAACAAGGCUGAGUCAGCAGCACCCCUCCCAUGCCAGCCUGCCCCUCCGAACGGCACCGGAAGCCCAGAGUAUUUGCACUUUGUACUUUAAAAACAAUGUAAAUUCACUUUGUAGAAAAAAACAGAAGGUAUUUAAACACACUGCUGAACAUGUGAAUGACGUUAGUUUUUCUAUGUCCUUACAAAAAGUUAAUACUUUAGCACAUACAAUGUAUGUGUCCUUUGUGAGUCGAAAGGAAAGUAUGUUUUUCUGAGUUGUACAAGUUCUGUUACGUGAUUUCUUGAUGACACACCCCUUUGGUCUGUUCCGUCUUGAUUUUCUGACACCAGAUUUGAUGGAUAACUGAUAAAAGGUAAUAAUACAUUCAACACCUGUGAAUUAUAUACAAUAAUUCGACGCCUGUGCUUUGAUCUCGCCCUGAGCCUCUUACAGACCCAGUAGAACGUUUCUGCUCAUAUAUCACUACAUGGUUUUAAAAUGGAUUUUGCAAAGACAGCUUUGUGUUAAUCAGAAAUAAAGAAGUCUUUUAUAUUUUUUGUAUGUUUUAUACCAAUACAGUGUAUAUAGCAGGAGUUGUCUGAUGAAAUGUUAAAAAACAGGAUCUUUUACCUAUAAUAAAAAUUCCCUCCUAACUGAA